UCCAAGUCGACUUUGACGUUGACAGUCACGUUGAGUCGCGAAGACUCAUACUAGUACAGUUCCAAUAUAUACCCAUCAUAUCUCUCACUGCAUCCUGAGCUCAGGCAUCUAUACCACAAUCUUCAACUAUGGGAGGACAAGCAUUCAAUGCUCAAUACCCGGAGGCGAAGUUUCCUCGCAUGUCUCAUGCCAUCUACGCCGCGAUGAAGGAUCGUCUUCGUCUAAUCGUGGAGACUUUGUACGAGAAGGUCGUCGUCCCUCAUGAAGCCCCGGAAAAGGUCGAUCAUGGAGACGUCGAUUUCCUCGUUCGCGGACCACGCCCAGGUCUCACUCACGAAGACGUGAAGGAGGGCCUUGGGGCGCGAUAUAGUGUUCCUGCGCAUCCGACUAGUCAUUAUGCUGUGCCUACUGAUAUUUUUGGAGACGGACAAUCUGAAUGUUUCAUACAGGUUGAUGUACACGUUUGCAAGGACGAGGAGGAUUUGUAUAGGGUUCAUUUCUUGCAUUCGUAUGGAGAUCUCGGAAUCAUCCUGGGGCACUUGGCUGCCAGUGUGGGGUUAUCUUUUGGACAAAGUGGGCUUAAACUUGCGAACCCGGUACCUAUCAAUCCGCCGAACAUGCCUUUCUACCUAUCCUCAUCCAUUCCGCACAUCCUCGAGUUCUUUGAAAUUUCAUUGCGCAGAUGGGAGCAGGGGUUCUCAACAACGGCCGAGGCAUUCGACUGGGUGUCCAGCUCUUCCUACUUCAUUCCCACUAGACUGGCACGACCUGACGUAUUGCAAGGUUCACAGAAGCGGGCGAAAGCCUCUCGAACAAUGUUUCAAGACUUCCUGGAUUAUACUGCAACGCGUGCCUUGUCCAUGCAAAGACAGGCAAUAGAAUCCCGCGAUGUGGCGAUCGAACGUGCUCUGCGUCAUUUUGACAAAUGGGACUUGUAUCAGACAAUCCUACAUACUUGCGAAGCCAAACAAAGGAUAAAGCAGAUCUUCACAGGAAAGCUAGUGAUGGAAUGGACAGGUGUACAGGGAACGCCUGUCCGAUGGAUCAUGGAGGAAGUACAGAGGAAGCUGGAGGCGCAACCAUUACCCCUCGCGCAAGAAAUCGACGCGUCGACGCCCCUUUGCCAUUCAGUGAAGGGGUCAGAGCUUGUUGAUCCCAGCUUCCUUACGCUUGCUCCCUGGCAGAUCCUUAUGAAGGACCUGACGGUGGAACAAGUCAAAGACCUGGUGGUGGAGGUCAAGGAAGGACUGCAGCGAGACGGGAAACUCCAGUUUGAUUGGCAGGAAGCGAAGAAACGAAAGGCAGAACGGAAAGCCCUGCUGGAAUCACAGCCUCAGCCUUUGUAGCACAGGCAGAGGAUGCCCUAACACAGGAACCUGUACUGGAAUUUUGUACGUGCACGUCUUCUCAAGGAAAGCCCUUCAAACUUGAUCGACUGGUUUCGGACAAUUCCACUCUUCCUAACACCUAGCUGGCCGAAUCAGUGCGAAACUAUACCAAAGUUUUCGGGGCAACAGUGAGUAUGUAUGACAUGUCGAUCCACCGUGUCGCGCUGAGUACUCUUGUGAGCACCUUCGUUCUCCGUGCUUCCCAUGAUCUUACCCACCCUGAUCUUCGGCAGAUAACAUUAGGUUUUCUCAAAAUGUAUCCGAACUGAUCUAGAACAACGGAAUGUUGGAAUGGCAUCAGCCUCAUGUUCCUUCGCAGGAUUGGUUUGAAUGAAUAAGGCAGGUAGCCAAGGAACGCAAACAAAAGAAGCGCAAAAAUUGUACUCCGUUCCUC